AUUCAGUUUAUAUGGAUGUUCGAUGCAUUAGAUAUGCUUACUCAGCUUCAACGCUGAGCGUGUAGUAUGUUUUAUUUGCUACACGCAGGUUAAUGAAGUGACAUGAUCCUGGUGGCAGACGGAGGCGAGAUUGUUGGAAUGGAUGUGAUGGUUUUGAAUUAAAGAACAUAAAUAAAUUAUGUUUGUGAUUAUGAUUGUUAAGCUUCCGCAAUAUUGAAAACUCCGUACUGUUUAUAUUAUGAAAAAUAUUAUUGUGAUAAAUAAAAGUGUUUGAAAUCU